AUGAUGGAUGAGGUGAAACGACUCGAAGAUCAUGCGCGGCGUUGCCUUCGGAUGCAAUUAUUUGACCCUGGUUGCGAUGCCAUGAGAGAAGCCCAGGAACUCUGGAAUCCCGCCCUUGGUGUUGCUAAACCCGCGUUCUCUUCCGAUGAACUACGGCAGAUCGAGGUUGGCAAAGUGCAGACAUUGGAGAACUUGGCAAGACUGUUCUUGCGAAACCAAUUCUUCGACGCUGCUCAAAAUGCCAUGGAACGAGCCCAAGUGCAUUGGAGUAUUGGCAUUGGAAUACCUAGACCGGGUUUCUCAACAAACGAACAAAGCCGAAUUCAGACACCUUCGUUCGGGGAGGGACUGAAGUCUAGGAAGGCUCUUGAUCGCUUAGAACGGAGAGUGGUGAUAUCAAUGGACAACUGUGCGAUAUGUAUUGACAUAAUGGCUCCAGGCCAAAUGGAGGUUCUGGGCGAAUGUGGACACCGGUUUCAUGAAAGCUGCAUAUGUGAAUGGUUGAUGCAGCGUAAUGCUUGUCCAUUAUGCCGCAACCCGUGGCUUCAAGACCUAGCUUAG